AUGACGCAACGUGGUCUCAGCCUUGGCGAGCGCCAGAAUUUGUUGAUGAGCGGUGAGAGGAGACGAGCGAACACGAUGGUGCGCACGAAUGCCGUUUUAUCGCCGAAUGCGCCCGUUAAACAGUAUCAAAAAGAGAUGAUGGCGAAAAAGAACUCGUCUCCUUUGCCGCAAGAGCGCCGCUCGAUUUACACGAAGGAUCAUCUGUACUCGAAAUCGUGGAACCCGGAUUUGCACUAUGACGACGAGGAGUCCUAUCAACAAGCGCCGAGCACCGCCGCCACGAGAUAUGGGGCGACUAAUCAAACUCUUCCCUAUUCGCUAUUUCCUUCGACAAAUCCUGCGCAGCCUCGCCGGACCUCAAACUCGUACCAUCUCAGUGUUCGGCAACCAUUUGAGCGACAGGCAAAAUCUUUUGACGAGUGGGCAAACGAACGAAUAAGCGGAUGGACGGAGAGGAGGAGUCUCAGUGAAAGAGAGGAUGGCGUGAGGGAAGGCAUCCAACGACAAACCAAUCAGCAACACGAGGAGGCACUCAUUGCUGGGACAGCGAUCGCUCACCAAUGUCAAAGUUUAUGGGAGGCGAGGAGUCAUUUAGAGCAUUUGAGGCGAUUGGGGAUUGAGGAUCCAUCAUCGGCGAGCACGUCAUUCGAAAGUAAUACAGAGGCGACUCUCGUCUCGCCACGAAACACUCCAAGGAAUGGACGAGAGAGUGUCGAUGAGCGGAGGAAUAAAUAUCGUUCCCUCUUCCUUCAACGGAAAACCCUUCCCGGUCAAAGAGUCGACAGCAUCGAAUCGACUUUUUCGAAUGACUCUUCAAUGGGUUUUGUUGAUGAAAUGAGAAGAGCCACCCUUGCACAGAUUACUUCAAUCGACAGUGGAGAUCGUUCAAACGAGAAUGCGUCGAGGCGCCCGUUAAGAAAUCAACGCGAUUACAGUGUUGAUGCGACGAGUGACUCGAUGUUUCGCGAGUUUAGCAGAGUUGAUCCCAAAUAUGAAAUGUUCCUUGACUCGAUGCGUCAAAACAGCGAUCGCGAUCGUCUACCCGUUUCCUCGCAUUUCCUUCCGAAAUGGGAAACUUUCGACAUCGCAGGAUCGCAGCAAAAAAAUCGCCGCCUUUCGACAAGUCGACAAAUGUCCCAAAACGAAAAUUAUCGAUUUGCU